AUGCGGGUUGUUUAUUUCAGCCAGCUAGUUUCAUCUAUCCUGGGCCGUCCUGUCUACCCACGUUCGAUUACUGGCACAAAAAUCCUCUCUAUCGCUGCGGUGGCGGGGGAAAUUCUCGACCUGGGACCCACACAUGUUGAAAUAUUGGACGACGCCAGGAAGCUAAAAUUGUGGAAGUCCGCAUAUCAAACCCACUACACCUAUCCUACAACGCAAGAGAAAGUACGAGAGGCUAUUGCCGCAUACGAUUAUUUCCUCUAUCGGAACUCACACCGAAUUGCAACCCAGGUUUUCUCUAUAGACCCGGGCAGGACGUAUUCGCGAGCGAGGGAGCACGUGGAGCAGAGGCCAUCAACGCCUGUCACGCCACGGAGACCGUCGACCGUUGAUACAUUCCAAAGGAGUUCUCCUGACUUAAAAUCAGUGCCGGAGUUCAGUUGGGAUAGCAAUGAGGCACACUGGCUUUCGGAAAAUUUGGGCGACCUCGCUGGAGUCUACAGGCGUUCUGGUCUGCAGCCCCCUUCUCGUCGUGCUCCCUCGAGAUCAAGGAAUAUUGCUAGAACAACCGACAACUCUCGAGAAAGCGACUUGCCGCCAGACAGACCAAACGCGGUUAGGAAUCGUUCCCGUUCUCGUCGGUCCCUUUUUGAAAUUUUAUUCUCUUCUAGCCCCGCACGCUCAACGGCUCCGGCACCCAAACUUCCUUCCGAGAAUUCGUCAAGCCCACGUUUGUUCCUUGGGACCAACAAACUUGUAGGGUCUGUUCCAGCAAAUGCGAAGAAAGGAGAUAUAAUCUGUCAAUUCUGGAAUACAGAUGUGACAGCAUUGUUAAGGAGGCGACCAGACGCUUCAUAUUUCGAAGUCGUUGGGAAAGUUUAUCUUUCGACGGGCUACAUGGACGGUUUGCAAGCAAAGCUCAGAGAGAGGAUGGUGCCUAAGGACGGAACUAAAGCCGUUCUCAUCGAGAUGGAUCUCAAGACCUUGAGUAGGCUGACUUCUUAGACACUGUGGGUCCAAUUUCAUUUUCCAAAGAUUGCAAACACUCGCCACUAUGAUUUUCAGAUACUUUCCUGUCC